GUCUUUAUCAUGUUUCACUCUCAAAUUCAAAUCAUUUGCUUAAACCUGAAAUACUUCUCUGAAAAUGAACGUUUCGUUGGACGUGGCACUCGAUUGUUGAAGGUCAGCUUUCCAUUUGACGGUCCAAGCUGUGAUGGAGGAAGGAUGACCAGUCGAAGAUUAAAUGGUUUAAAUGUCACUCUGAAGCAGACUAAGGAUGAAAGACAUACUUACACAAUCAAGAUGUAUUAUGCGGGAGAUUUGGUGCAUGAACCUGUGGUUCAAUAUAAGAAUGGGAGAGUAGAGUACUUUGAUUACUUCAAUGGAGAGGAGGCAAGUAUCUUAGAGUUAAGAAAGUUAGUCAAGAAGCUAAGGUUCUGCUCUAAGAAGGAUAUCUUUUGGUUGAAAUAUGGUUCUGGGAAAUUUCCUAGCGUGAGAAGAAUAAAGACAUAUGAAGACAUUUACAACAUUUUUUAUGAGCUGCCAGAAAAUAGGGAGAUGAGCUGGAAGAGAUGGAUGACUAUAAUGAUGACAUCAGCUUAACUUAUACAUCAAAGGGAGAGACAUUUGAAGAUAGCAUGUUUUCUGGUGAAGACAUCAGGUAUGAUUUUACUAUCUAAUUUUGUGUAAGAACUGGAUUUUAUUGCUAAUUUAGCAAUUAAGGUUAUCAUCUGUGUUCACUCCAAGUACCAUUUUUAAUCUAUCCCAAAUAUUUCUUAUUAAUCCUCUUAUCAUACACACACACACACAUUUCACUGAUUUGAAUUCAAUUUUGUUUCCAGGCUGGUUCUUAAUUCUUUCCAAAAAAUACUCCCAUCCUUUCCAUGGGUCCCAGUUUUGCAUCUUUUAUCCAGGCUGGUUCUUAAUUGUUUGGUUUGAUAUUGGGGGUUUUCCAGCAGCCCUCACUGAUUUAUCAUAUGCUUCAAUGAAUAUGACAAUAUCAUGUUUUAAAUUAAUUUAUCUAUCUCUGUUCAAUCUGCCUGUUGUAUUGUGUCUUAAUUCAAUUUGGAUGAAUUUGAUCUAUUCUGCCAUCAGAGGUCGAUUGCUUGAUUUAAUGUUUUAAGAGUUGUUCAGAUUAAAUGAUAAUACUAGAAAAGGGUAACGGUGGCUACCAGUUUGGUUUUGAUUCAAAAAACAAGAUGACAACUGGGGUUACAGAAAAAAGAAAGGGUUCAUGUAACUGGAAAAGAAACCAAUGUCUAGCAAGAAACCAAAGUUAGAAGCUAAAGCUUGUAAAAGUUACACUACUAUUAUAUGUUCUUUCAUAAAGGAUGAAAUGUGCUGAAAUUAUCUAGAACGUCAUAUCAACUUGUUUCUUUUUAUUUUUCCCUUCUACUUAAUAAUAUACGAAGUAUACCUUAUCUAAGAUAUUGAAUAUGUUAGAAGUUUACUUUUUUCCUUAAUAUGAUAUUAUUGGGCUGGUGAAAUAUGAUUUUUAUCUUGAAGCUACUUAUAAGUGUCAGAUGAAAACACAAGUAAUGUUAGCAACCAUUCUCAAGUGUAUACCUUGUCGUAAUCGGAUCCUUAUGUGAAGAUCAUUGACUGGGAAAGUGGUUGUACAUUAAAGGUGUUCCUGGGACAUGAAAGGUAUACAUUGGAUUUGGGAGUACCCUUAAUGUGGAGCUACUCAACUGGACGUGUAAAGUGGAUGAUUUUGAUUCUCAAACUUUCGGAAGAGAGAUUCUCAAGUGGAUCAUAUUGUGGCUAUGUUCAACCAGAUAUUGAGAAGUACUCUAAAGACUUGCUUUAUUGGAUUUUUUUGGUGAUGCUAAAGCUAUGUUCAACCAGAUAUUGAGAAGUACUCUAAAGAUUUGAUUUAUUGGACUUUUAUGGUGAUGCCAGGAACUAUGAUGUCUAG